UGUCUCGUACAACUUAUUUAAAAGAUAGCACCAACUCGGUUGAAAGUCACAAAUAAUACGCAAAAGCUAUUUUCUCGUUUGUUUUUUAAUUUUUUUUUCGAUAUUAGGCGACGUAAAUUUUAGCUUUUCAAAAACAAAAUUAUUUUAAGUUAGCCGUUAAAUUAACCGAUUGCCUCUAUUUCGGCCCACAUCCAAGAUUAGUGAAGAUCAUGUCGUCUCAGGUGGAUAAAAAGCGCGGUGCGGUCGGCAGUGGCAACGAGGAACUGGCCACCAUGGAUCCCACCGAGAGCGACUUCGCCCUGGAGCUCAAGCCCACCCCCAAGCAGACCUGCAUUCCGGAGCACCAACGCCAGCGACUGGUCAGCUCGGACACCAGUGUUUACCAGCGGGAUGGAGUGUUCGAUAUGCCGGACAAGUCCUGGUCCGUGCUGUACUUCAGCGCCGGGAAGGACAGGGCUUUUAAGUAGAGGCUUCGAAGCCGCAGACCAGACAGAUGACCCGUCCCCCAUCACAGCAUGCCGUACUAGCACCAAUUUAAACCGAGUGUCUGCAACCGCCUGGCCCACUGAUUGACUCCUUCGCCACCACAUCCAGCCACCAGUCAUCCAUCAGAUGUCGCGAAAUGUUAUAUAAAAUUGAAAUUCGCACGCGUGCCAGUGCAUAUUUGAUCUUUUUGUGUGGGUUUCGGUGUGGCUGCAAUUGAUGAUGUUGUCUCCGACGAUUCUGAUACGAAAGAUUGUGAUUAAUGGAGACAGCGCCAUUGAGCGCGAUCUGCGGCGCCUCAGACUAUAGUACUAUAACGAUCAGACCCAUGAUAUGACAUCAUACCCAGGCCAGCCGACACAUUGCGCCAAGAUUGCCAUUGCUCUUGAGAAGUGUCAAGCGAGCGUUUCUAUCAAAAGCGGAAAUAAUGGCUUAAUGAGACAAAUGACGCGACUCUGACACUUCUGACAGUAUCCAGAGACGUGUGAAUUCCAUGGAAUUGAUGCCCAAUUUUUGCCAUCGUCGUGUCAGAUGUGAUUAAUUUGCGAAUUAAAUUCUUUGCGC